AACGGAAAGCAGCUGUCGGUGGUUGUAGAGGCGAGGCGGCCGUCUGGCAGCUCAGGGAUCCCGUCCUGCCGAUCUUCCUGCUUCGUUUCGGGGUUCUUUCCCGGGACUCCUCCGCUGCGGCUGCACCGCCGCCCUCCGUCCCGAGCACCGAGGAGCCGCACCGCCGCACGCCGGCCACAGCGCACCGCAGGUCGGGUGGACAUGUUGCCGAGGUCCGCCUCUCGCCGCGGCUCUCCGGAGCUUUGAGAUGCAGUUUCGGGACGUUUGGGAUCUCCGCACCGCUCCAGCACCGACUGCCCCCCGCCGCUCCGCCGCUGCCUAACGGGACUUUUCUCUUGUUGCCGGAGAUGGUGUUCGUGUCUGGGCGGAAAGUUGCGCGCUCCCCGGCGGAGGGCCUCUAACAGGUCCGGACCGAGGAGCCGAGCGGGGGCAAAGUUCAGCGGCUGGAAAUGUGAAGGCGAGGCGGCAGAAGGAGGGUCCCGCUGCCCCUCUCCGGCUUUUUCUCUUCUUUCUGGUCUCACUGUACACGCGCGGCCGCUGCGCACACGCACGCGCACUCAGGCUGGAGUUACAGUAACACACACGCACACACACACGCACAGCCUCCAGAGGACAGCAUGUAUUCUCCGCUGUGUCUAACGCAGGAUGAAUUCCAUCCUUUCAUCGAAGCGCUGCUGCCCCACGUCCGGGCCUUCGCCUACACCUGGUUCAACCUGCAGGCCCGCAAGAGGAAGUACUUCAAGAAGCACGAGAAGCGCAUGUCGAAGGAGGAGGAGCGCGCCGUGAAGGACGAGCUGCUCAGCGAGAAGCCCGAAGUCAAGCAGAAGUGGGCGUCGCGCCUCCUGGCCAAGCUGCGAAAGGACAUCCGGCCCGAGUUCAGGGAGGACUUUGUUCUGACGGUGACGGGGAAGAAGCCGCCGUGCUGCGUCCUGUCCAACCCCGACCAGAAGGGCAAGAUGAGGAGGAUCGACUGCCUGCGCCAGGCGGACAAGGUGUGGAGGCUGGACCUGGUCAUGGUGAUUUUAUUCAAAGGGAUUCCCCUCGAAAGUACUGACGGCGAGAGGCUGGUAAAGUCUCCUCAGUGUUCGAACCCCAGCCUGUGCGUGCAGCCACACCACAUUGGAGUUUCAGUCAAGGAGCUGGAUCUGUACCUGGCCUACUUCGUCCACGCAGGAAGUGAGCAGACAGACACUUCCCUCAGAAGUCUUUCUCUGAGAUUCUCCACUUAAGAAAAGUUGAAGAAACUAUGAACUGAUGUUUCUCCAUGAAGUCGCUGAUGAUGAUCAGAUGAUCCUGAAACGGCUGAUUGGUGAUGUGAGUUGAGUCGAACGAACAGUUUGAAUAAGUUUAACAUGUCAGUGAGAACACGUCCAUGUAGCUGUUAUAAGCCUGAAUUAAAGAUAGAACUGAUCCACAUCUGGACUCACUGCUGCUGUUUGGGUCACAGUGAUGGAACAGGUUUCACCUUUCUGUCGACACUUUAAUGAGGUUUUCCUGUAACAAAACCUGUAAAUAUCUAUUUAUGAACUCUGUUCCAACAUCUGGCACACAUGUUAUUAGAAAUUUAAAGCUGAGCUUUAAAGUAUAACGUAAAGUGGAAGUACUCGAGUAAAACUACUUUCCUCUAGGUUUAACUUUAACUCCUGUAUUUCUUGUCUGUUGACUCAGUGGUUAAACUGCAGCGAUGCGUUCAGGGUCUCAGACGUCCAGCUGUUGCUCCAACCAAAACUACACCAACUCAGACCACCUGUGUGUGUGUGUGUGUGUGUUUGUGUGUGUGUGUGUGUGUGUGUGUGACCCAGUUCUCUUCGUCCUCCUGAG